GUCUCUUGGGGAGGCAUCCCCUAUCAUGAGUGCUUUUGCUGCGGGUCAAGCUGCUGCAUACAAAAUGUUUGAAACAAUUGCGAGGAAGCCAGAGAUAGAUGCUUAUGAUCCAAAUGGGAAAAUAUUAGAGGAUAUUGAAGGUGAAAUAGAGUUGAGGGAUGUUUGCUUCAGUUAUCCAGCGAGGCCUGAGGAGUUGGUACUCAAUAGGUUCUCUCUUGAUAUACCUAGUGGUACGAGUGCUGCAAUGGUGGGACAAAGCGGGAGUGGAAAAUCCACGGUUAUCAGUUUGAUAGAGAGAUUCUAUGAUCCUCAAGAAGGUCAAGUUCUUAUUGAUGGCAUUAACCUGAAAGAAUUUCAGCUUAGGUGGAUGAGGGGGAAAAUUGGCCUUGUUAAUCAGGAGCCAGUGUUGUUUGCAUCAAGCAUUAAGGAUAACAUUGCAUAUGGAAAGGAAGGAGCCACAACUGAAGAGAUUAGAUCAGCAUCUGAACUUGCAAAUGCUGCUAAAUUCAUUGAUAAACUGCCACAGGGAUUGAACACAAUGGUUGGUGAACAAGGAACUCAACUCUCUGGUGGACAAAAACAGCGCAUUGCCAUAGCAAGAGCAAUCCUAAAGGAUCCAAGAAUUCUUCUUCUGGACGAAGCUACAAGUGCCCUUGAUGCAGAGUCCGAAAGAACAGUGCAAGAGGCUCUAGACAGGGUCAUGGUUAAUCGAACUACUGUUGUUGUGGCACAUCGGUUGAGCACAGUGAGGAAUGCUGAUACGAUUGUUGUAAUUCAUAGAGGGAAGGUGGUUGAAAAAGGAACACACUCAGAACUGGUGAAGGAUCUCGAGGGAGCUUACUCUCAAUUGAUACGUUUACAAGAAGUAAACAAAGAAUCAGAAGAAACUACAAGCUUUCACAGCAAGAGCGAACUUUCUACGGAAUCCUCUACACUGUUAAACAAAAAGAUAUCAACUCGGAGAUCUAUCAGUAGGGGAUCAUCUUUGGGGAGUAGUAGCCGACACUCAUUUUCGCUUUCUGGUUUACCCAAAGGUGUUAGUGUCCCUGAUACUGAAAGUGUUAGUGUCCCUGAUACUGAAAGUGAUGACGCAUUACUCGAAACACAAGCACAAGUGGUUUCACUACGCCGGCUUGCUUCCAUCAACAAACCAGAGGUUCCAGUUCUUCUGAUUGGAUGUCUAGCUGCCAUAGCAAAUGGUGUUAUACUUCCCAUAUUUGGGGUGUUGAUUUCCACUGCGGUCAAAAUAUUUUAUGAGCCAGUUGAUGAGAUGAAAAAGGACUCCAAAUUUUGGGCACUUAUGUUCGUGGUUCUUGGUCUUGCAUCAUUUUUGGUAAUUCCAGCUCGAGCAUACUUUUUUUCUGUGGCUGGAUGCAAGUUAAUCCAACGUAUCAGGGUAAUAUGUUUUGAGAAAGUGGUGAACAUGGAGGUUGGUUGGUUUGAUGAGCCUAGCAACUCAAGUGGUGCUAUAAGUGCAAGGCUCUCAGCAAUUGCUACUUCUGUGCGCACCCUUGUUGGUGAUGCACUGGGGCUGUUGGUCCAAAAUUUAACAUGUGCCUUGGCAGGUUUGAUUAUUGCUUUCAUUGCAUGCUGGCAAUUGGCUUUGAUUAUUCUUGUCUUGAUUCCCCUUAUUGGCGCAAAUGGCUAUGUUCAAACGAAGUUCAUGAAGGGGUUCAGCAAAGACGCAAAGAUGAUGUACGAGGAAGCAAGCCAAGUUGCCAAGGAUGCAGUUGGAAAUAUAAGAACAGUAGCUUCUUUCUGUGCAGAAGAUAAGGUAAUGGAAUUGUAUAGGAAGAAAUGUGAAGACCCCAUGAAAACAGGGAUAUGGCAAGGGUUGAUCAGCGGAUUAGGAUUUGGGGUUUCAUUUUUCUUACUAUUUUGUGUCUAUGCAACUAGUUUCUAUGCAGGAGCUAGACUAGUGGCCGCUGGAGAAACAUCAUUCUCCAAUGUUUUUCGGGUUUUCUUUGCUUUAACUAUGGCAGCUAUUGGGGUUUCCCAGUUUAGCACAAUUUCUCCUGAUUCUGGCAAAGCCAAGUCAGUAACUGCGGCCAUAUUUGGAAUAAUUGAUAAGAAGUCAGAGAUAGAUCCAAGUGACGAGACUGGUACCACAUUGGAUAUAGUUGAGGGAGAAAUUGAGCUUCAUCAAGUGAGUUUCAACUACCCGUCAAGGCCAAAGAUACAGAUUUUUCGAGACCUUAACUUGGUUAUCCAUUCUGGCAAGACAGUGGCCCUUGUUGGUGAAAGUGGAUGUGGAAAAUCGACAGUGAUUUCGUUGUUGCAGAGAUUUUAUAUUCCAAAUUCAGGUGAAAUCAAACUUGACGGUGUACCAAUUGAGGAGUUACAAUUGAAGUGGUUUAGGCAGCAAAUGGGUUUGGUAAGCCAAGAGCCAGUAUUGUUCAAUGACACUAUUCGUGGUAACAUUGCUUAUGGGAAGGGAGGUGAAGCAAGUGAAGCAGAAAUCAUAACAGCCGCAGAACAAGCUAAUGCCCAUGUAUUUAUCAGUGCCUUACAACAGAGUUAUAACACCGUAGUGGGAGAAAGGGGAACACAAUUAUCUGGUGGGCAGAAGCAAAGGGUAGCCAUUGCCCGUGCUUUGAUUAAAAGUCCAAAGAUAUUGCUAUUAGACGAAGCCACAAGUGCAUUAGACGCUGAGUCAGAGAGAGUUGUUCAGGAUGCAUUGGACAAAGUCAUUGUGAAUAGAACCACUGUGGUUGUGGCUCAUCGCCUAUCUGCAAUAAAAAAUGCAGAUUUGAUUGCUGUUGUUAAAGAUGGAGUCAUCGUGGAGAAGGGAAGCCAUGAAACACUCGUUAAAGUCACCAACGGGUUUUACGCUUCCUUAGUCCAACUUCACUCAAAUGGUUCAAAAACUAGAGUACCCUGAGAAACAAGAACGAGAAAAUAUUGUAAGUUAAUAAAUUCAUGAACUCGUGUUACGUUAAGGAUAGUAUGACAUUUACUAUUAGUUGGCUAAUUCCU